UUUCUCUACUCGGCGGAAGCGCGUCUACAGACUUCAAUCUUUAAACGAAUACGAAAAGCUUCACACUCCCUCGCUUGUUCUCUCUCAUCAAUGGUGUCUUCUAUCAGUCUCCUCCCUUCAACCACUCUGCUCACCAACUGGGCGAUUCAGUUAUCUUCUCAGUCCGGUCUUUCCCCUAGACAUUCCACGUGGCAGUGUGUUUGUUUCCGUGAUCAGAAACGCAAGCCUAAGCUCUACAUCAUUCCCGCCCGCCAUUUCUUAUCAACUUCCUCCUCGGACACUGCUUCCAUGAAGCUCAAGAUACAUGCUACUUCCGGUGUUUCUCAAGUUCAAAGGUCUACUAGUAGCAAUGGGAUGAAAGAGUUUGAGAUGGAGUUGCAAGAGUUGUUCAACGAAGUCAAAGCUAUGGUUAAAAUUGGCAAGGAAAGAGACGCGAUGGACCUUCUUCGAGCUAAUUAUGUUACUGUGAAAGAAGAGAUUGAUGAUGGUUUGAAAGGUAUCCAACAAGCUGCCCUUCUCGACAUCAUUGCCUUAGGGUAUAUGGCUGUUGGAGACCUAAAGCCUGUUCCAGCUUUGCUUGACAUGAUAAGCAAGAUUGUUGAUAAGUUAAAUGACUCGGAACCUCUUUUGGAUUCAGUCCUUAUGCAUGUUGGCAGUAUGUAUUCAGCACUAGGGAUGUUUGAAAACGCUCUACUCGCGCAUCAAAGGGCUGUUAGUAUAUUAGAGAACACAUACGGUGAUGACAAUACUCUACUUGUCUCACCAUUGCUUGGGUUAGCAAAGAGUUAUGGUUCAUAUGGAAAAGCAAAUAAAGCUAUUGGCGUUUACGAGCGUACAGUGACUAUCUUGGAACGGAGUAGAGGCUCUGAAAGUGAGGAUCUAGUGGUGCCGUUGUUUUCACUCGGUAAACUUUUGCUCAAAGAAGGUAAAGCUGAUGAAGCAGAAGCUCCUUUUACCAGGAUUUUGAACAUAUACAAGAAGACAUACGGAGAGAAAGAUGGAAGAGUUGGUAUGGCCAUGUGUUCCCUUGCUAAUGCAAAGUGCACUAAAGGCGAUGCAGAUGGAGCGGUAGAUCUUUACAAGAGCGCUCUACGAAUCAUCAAAGAGUCAAAUUAUAUGGACAUAGACAACACUGUCUUAGAAAACAUGAGGAUAGAUCUUGCUGAGCUGCUUCAUUUUGUUGGAAGGGGAAACGAAGGACGAGAGCUGCUAGAAGAAUGCUUACUGAUAAACGAGAAGUACAAAGGGAAAAACAAUCCAAGCAUGGCUACACAUCUUAUGAACCUUGCAGCAUCUUAUACACGCUCCAAGAACUAUGUGGAGGCGGAGAGAUUGCUGAGAACUUGUUUGGACAUCAUGGAGAAGUCGGCUGGUUCAGAGGAUCAGUCCAUAACCUUCCCAAUGCUGAAUCUUGCAGUAACUCUUUCGCAGCUAAACCGCUAUGAUGAAGCCGAGCAAGUAGCUUUAAAGGUUCUACGGAUACGUGAGGAGGCAUUUGGCAAAGAGUCUCUCCCUGUUGGUGAGGCGCUGGACUGUUUGGUGUUGAUCCAGGUGAGGUUAGGAAGAGACGAUGGAGAAGUACUGAGUCUGCUGAAAAGGGUGUUGAUGAUACAAGAGAAAGAGUUUGGUUCAUCAGCAGAAGAGCUCAUUAUCACUCUCCAGAGGAUAGUGCAUUUCUUGGAGAAAAUGGAGAUGAAAGAUGAGAAAUUUAAGUUUAGGAGAAGGCUAGCUUUGCUUAGAGAGAGAUACAAGCAGAGUCUAAGCCUCUAGAACAUAUAUAUACAAGCAGAUCUGGUUCGUUCUUAACCGGAUCGGAUAAAAUCCCGGUUAACAAGUGAAAUUAAUUUGGUUUAUUAAUAAACGACGUCGCUUCGAAACAAA